ACAGAGCAGAGAGGAGAUCCCGGCACAAGGUGCUACUUCCCCUUCCUCCUGCAGAGGGGAGAAGGCAGCGAGACUGCAGGCAGACCAGGCGGACGGCAGCCGAUUCACAGGGCAGGAGCUGGUUGGUGGAGGAGACCUGGCCGGGACAUGGAUUGCCGUGCGGUCCUUUUCCUUUGCCUGGGCUUUGUAACGUCUCAGAGCGGGGAAGAAGAGGGAGCCCAAGAACCCCUGCGCUGGAUGAAGAGAAUGGAGCAGGUGCCCAGGAGACAAACCUCAACUAACCCUGCCCAUCUCGUCCAUGGUCUGGAGUACAGCCUGCUGAAUGCCACCUUCCAGGGCUCCAACCUCACCUUGCAGACGUCCACCAUUCAGACGCUGGCCUUCAAGCUGGGCUGCGACUUUGCCGGCCUCUCGCUGUACAGCGAUGCUCUGGAUCGCGAACCCCAGGCCGCCAGGGCCAGGCAUGCCAUGCAGUUCCCCACUGAGCUGACGAAGCAGGCCUGCAGGACACGCCGCAGGGAGCUGCGUCUCAUCUGCAUGUACUUCUUCAACAACAGGUUUUUCCCGAAUGACAACUCAUCUCUGCUCAACGACUAUGUCCUGGGGGCCCAGCUGGGCAGUGAACACGUGGACAACCUCAUGGAGCCCAUCAACAUCAGCCUCUGGCACAACCAAAGCCUGGAAGACUACAACGUGACCUGUGUCUUCUGGAAGGAGGGAGCCAGCGAGCUCCACUGGGGGCUCUGGAGCCCUGAGGGCUGUCGCACAGAGCAGCCCUCACCUUCCCAGGUGCUCUGUCGCUGCAACCACCUCAGCUACUUUGCUGUUCUCAUGCAAUUCUCCCCAGCCCCGCUCCCGGCGGAGCUGCUGGCACCUCUCACCUACAUUUCCUUCGUGGGCUGCAGCAUCUCCAUCGUGGCCUCCCUGCUCACCCUCCUGCUGCACUUCCACGCCAGGAAGCAGAGUAACUUCAUCACACGCAUCCACAUGCACCUGCAUGCCUCCGUGCUGCUCCUGAAUGUCGCCUUCCUGCUGAGCCCCGCGCUGGCCUUGCCCUCCGUGCCCGGGGCAGCAUGCGUGGCACUGGGCGCCAUCCUGCACUUCGCGCUGCUCAGCUGCCUCACCUGGAUGGCCAUCGAAGGCUUCAACCUCUACCUUCUCCUGGGGCGUGUCUACAACAUCUACGUCCGGAGAUACGUGCUCAAGCUCUGCGCAGUGGGCUGGGGGGUCCCUGCCCUCCUGGUGCUGCUCCUCCUUGCCAUCAAGAGCUCAGCUUACGGCCGCCACACGAUCCCUCUCUCCCACAGCCAGGGGAACAGCACGGGCUUCCAGCACAUGUCCAUAUGCUGGGUGCGGAACCCCGGGGUGCACCACGUCCUGGUCAUGGGCUACGGUGGCCUCACGACCCUUUUCAACCUGGUGGUGCUGGCCUGGGCACUGCGGACCCUGCGCAGACUGAAGGCGCGGGAGGAGGCGCCAGGCUCGCGGGCCUGCAGGGACACCGUCACCGUGCUGGGCCUCACCGUGCUGCUGGGCACCACCUGGGCCCUGGCCUUCUUCUCCUUUGGCGUCUUCCUGCUGCCCCAGCUCUUCCUCUUUACCAUCUUCAACUCUCUCUACGGGUUCUUCCUCUUCCUGUGGUUCUGCUCCCAGAGGUGUCAUGCGGAGGCCGAGAAGGAGGCCGAGAAGGAGGCGUUCAGCACCUCCCAGAUGAUGCACUAGUCUGCACCGCGGCCGGAUCCCCAGCCGCUCCAGCUGCCUGCAUCUGAGGCCCUGGCUUCCGCCAGAGAGGGUGGCAGGCCAGCUGCUGGACACCAGAGCCCUGUGCCCUCUAGGGAGGCUGUCCACCUCCGUGGCUUCCCCGGCCCAGACGGAAAUGCCCAGACUGUGCCCUUGGCAUUCUACUCGGGGGCAGGUCCAACCCCAUGGGGGGCAACAAACUUCGCCCUGGUGCCUGGCUUAUGGACAGAGCUCUGGCUUGGGAGCCAGGAGGCCAUGUUACCCGGCCUGGCUCAGGGUCUUACUGUGUGAUGUUGGGCCUGUCACUUCUCAUGGACCCUCGGUUUCCGCAUCUGACACGAAGCAGAUGGCUCUGGUCCUGCCUAGACUGAGAGCUUUGUGAAGCCUGAGUAAGGCCGGGGAGGAGGAGGGUCACAGUGGGCCCCGUUAACUGCAUCGUCCGGCUGGGCCACCCCCCUAUGCUCAAGGCCUCUUUCCCUUUAAUCCCCCCAAAACUAUAAUGACCCCAACUCCACGGCCACAGUUCUCAGAGAUCAGGAAGCCCCGUCCUUCCCAGAGGCCUCCCCUCCCUCCAGACCUCCCAAGUCUCCAAGGCCAUUUAGACCAGCGGCCAGGGCCACGGGGCUUCCAGGGGUAGAAGGGGUUGCCUCUUUGCCCUACACCUGAGCCAGCUGGGCCUCCGUGGCCGGCUAUUUGACAAAUGGAUAGAAUUGGAUUUCCCUCGCUAGGCCUAGGGUGUGGGUUCUAAAUCCAAGGUCAGGCCCUUGACCUAUCUGUUCUACCGAGUGGGAAACUGAUGAAGCCGGAGCCUUUCCGAGACUGCACACCAGGGGGCGCUGUUGACCUGCGCUCAGAGGCUAUUGGCACCAGAACCGCUCCUGGAAAUGCUGGGAUGGCCGGUCUGGGAACAGGACCCACCAGAGGGAGGGGUUCUGCCUCCAGGACUGCGCCUGCUGAGUGCCCAGGAGGAGGGCUGUCAGCGCUGUUCACAGCCAUUUCCCUCUUUACCCAACACAGCGGCCUCUCUGGCUCUUGGGUCUUGUGCUCUGGGCACACCUCUCAGCGCCCAGCUCCGGGCCAUGGGACAGGUUUUAAUGACUUUGAAUGGCACAGGGAAGGAAUGGAAGCUGGAUCCCUCUGGUUAUGCCCUCUGUUCAUUCCUUGAUGCAAACGGCCCUUCACGCGGUGGUCAGUGGCUCUGGAGCCGGACUGGUGGGGCUCAAAUGCCAGCUCUGCCACGAGCCAUCAACCUCCUUGUGCCUUAGUUUCCCCGCCUGUAAAUAGGGGCAACAGGGGGACUGAUUUUGAAGGUUCAAUGAAAUACUCCAUAUAAAGAGGCUGAGCACAGAGUAAGAGCGCAAUAAAUGUUACUAUGGUGA